AUGUUCAGUAGAUUGGCCGUUGGGGCCAAGAGAGUCCCGGGAACUGUACAUGUUAGAUACAGCUCGGAAUUGCCCAAAUUCUUGCCAAACUUGUCCGACUUUCCUGACUACAAGGUUCCUAAAGACUACGUGAUGCCCCAGAAAAGAGAUCCCUAUCGGGUUUACGACGACCAGCAAAACAGACGAAAUUUUGAUACUCCUGUGCACCCGUUUGAGGACAAUCUUGACAUGUGGUCUCCAGACUUCAUUAACCCGGUCAGCGAUUCUACAGCGAUUCUCAAUUUUCUUGGCUGGUUUGCUGGGCUUGGAUCCUUCGCAGCUGCUAUCUGGUUUUUUGAUUUAUGGCCUGAACGGCCAGCCACUCCACGGUCUUAUCCGCAUGGCGGCCUCUACAAAGACUUGGGGGGUACGGAAAAAGAUCAGCACUUGUACAGGGCGCGGAUCGACCAGGCUGAAUGAAUUAGCUACCAGUUUAUUUUUUAUAUUAUUUAUUGGAAUACACAGUAUUUAUUGGCCAUUUCAUAUCUCACUAUUAACUUUCUAGUGUCCCCCACAUGAGCUAAAUGCAUAACAAUUGUAAGAAAAUGAACAGGAAGCAAAUGAAAGUGAAAGCACAAAAAUGCGUUGACGAAUGUAUGCUAAGUAACAAAACGAAAAAAAGGCUGUCUCUUGUCUCAGUUAAGUUUGAAGAGACCAGAACCUAUGUCUAGCUGCUCCAGGUUGUUGAGUCUAGAAGCAAGAAAAUACUCGUUCAAGCGGAGUUCAUCCGAGGCAAAGCUAUUUGUCAAAGAGGUCCCCGACGAGUUGAGUGGACUGAAAGGAAUGGGUUCGCGAGAGAGCUUGUCGAUGUCAAGAAGGGAGCCACUGUAUGCUCCACCAUUGAUAGCAGGAGUGCUAGCAUGGUCAAUCAGCAAAUCGUUUAGCAAGCUAUAUUUGGUACCCGUGAAUCCCAAUGUAUUGGACAUGUUGUACAAAUUAGCUGGUUGAAACUGUUGUGUCUGCGGAGGCUGAACUGCUGGCUGGGCUGGAUGCUGCUGCAUGGCAAGCUGCUUGGCGAACCAAUUCCUCUGAGCGGCACGGGCCCCCCAGCUGACUCUAAUCCGACAGCCGCCACCAAUAUCGUAGCCCUGCAUCUCACUGAUGGCCUUCUCUGCACUAGCACGGUGGAAAAACUGGACGAAUCCACAAUUUUUGCCUGGCGGAAUUUUCACAUAGCUGAUGUCGCCGUAUCUUGAAAAAAGAGCUCGCAAUUGCGUUUCUGAAAUUGGUACAUUCAAUCCACCAAUGAAGACGGUAGUGUUGUUGGGGUCAUUAUAGUAUUGAAGAGGAGCAGUCUGUGGCAAAGAAGGGACGUUGACUUUCGGCUGACCAAGACCAUCCUGAGACGGCAUGGCAGAUGCAAAAGAGCUGUUGGCAACUGAAUUUGUCUGGGAUUUCGAUGCAGUGGAAACUCUGAUAGGUCUUCCAAGCAGAACGUAACCUUGCAUCUCUAUCAAUGCUCUUUUCUGGUCGGUCUCGUUUAGAAAUUUGACAAAUCCGUAACCUUUCAGAUGACCAGUAGAAGGGUCAAUCAUGACCUUAGCACCAGAACAUGAGGGAUAUCUUGCUUGGAAGGCUUGCAAGAGACUUUGCUCGGUCACAUUGUGAGGCAGGUCGCCGACAAAAAUAGAAUACUCGGAUUGUCCCUUAGGCUGGAAGGCAGGAAUAUUGGCACCUGAAGAGUUGGCCGAAGACCAAUUCAGUCUGAAAAAGCGGACGUUGUUUGUUCCUGGAAUUGGCUUACCAUUAAAUAGCUCGAGUACCUUGUAGCAAUCUUCGAAAUUAUGGAAUCGAAUGAAGCAAUAGCCUGCGUUUGCCAGUUCGAGGUUCAUACUCUGCUUGUCUCUAAUGAGCUUCACAGAGUGCACCAAAAUCCCCAGCGGGGCAAGAACACUGGACCAAAUCUGCUUGAUCGUGGUCUCGUCCCACCUUUGGUCGAGAUCACCCAUCCAGAGUUGAGGGGUCUGUGCGUUUUGCUGGCCAUUUGAUUGCCCAUUCAGCUGGCUGGACUGCGUAUAUUGCGAUGCAGGAGGCGGUGCUGAAGACCUGUUUGGGUAAUAUGAGUGGUGUUGAUUAUAAGCAGAAUUAUACAUGUUGGAUCAAGAGCGAUGGUAACAUAUCAAGCAAGCGAAAACUGGCAAAUUCUGCAAUAAAUAUGAUUGAUGCAAUGCUCUGUUCUAUGCCAAUCGUAACUGUGAAUUUGUGCCUUAACGUGAUGAUUAAAUGAGAUUAAACGUAUGCCAAAGCGAACAGGUACAAUGAUGAAUGAGCCGGAUCAACUGAUAAUUUGUCCAAAAUCUUUUUGCACCUCUUAGCAAAAAAAUUGGGCCUUUAGAAAAAAAAUUCUUACCGUGCCGCGCUGCCCUCGCUCGAUCUUUGGAUCGAAUCUUGUCCCCCCACGAAAAUUUUGCAAUUUGUAGGGCAAUAGGUUUUUUUUUCAUCACUUCACUCAUUGGCCCAAAAUAGCGCGGUAGCAUUUCUCCAGCCAAUAUAGAUGCGAGCGCUUAUUGAUCCAGUCUGUCUCCAAACACCCUGACACGUCCAGCCUCUGCAACACUUUGGCACGUAAACAUCCUUUGACGAACUGUUUUGCUUCGAUAGAGAUCUUGCUCCAUUCUUCGAUCUUGAGUAGCAGGUCUCCCUGCCGAACCUUGACGAUCGUUUUGUCGAUGCAAGGAGAGUAGAAAGGAGACACACCUGUAAGCAGAAUGUACGUGAUCACUCCUAGAGACCAAAUGUCCACCUUAUUGGUGUACCCCCUGGUGCUCCGUGGCUGCAUGAGGUUGAUUUCUGGUGCGGCAUAUUCCGGAGUCCCUACCAUCGUAAACAUUCUUUUGGCCGAGCGUUUGGUUCUUUGCGCAUCAAGUCGCCUGGCAGCUCCAAAAUCGGCCAGAACCACAUAAGGAUAACGAACAGGCGCUCUUUUUAUUAGAAUGUUGUCAAGCUUCAGGUCUCGGUGCACAAUGCCGCGAGAGUGC